CCAAUGCGUCCCAAACAUCCGGCCACAACACUGGCAUUAAAAUGUGAAGAUUGUUACUUCAUUUAUCUUGAGUGAACGUUCGUCAUUGUAAAUAUAUCAGUCGAUCGUUUAUUCAUAGUAACUGUGACGAAGUGAACACAUGAUGUCGGGAAAAGGACAUUCUGCGACGGGAUCUGAUCGGUUUGAAUACCUGCAGACGCUUGUCACUGAGUUUCAGGACACCGACAGUGAUGAAGCGAAAGAGCAAGUGUUGGCCAACUUGGCCAACUUUGCCUAUGAUCCGAGGAACCUGGAGAACCUGAGAACCCUUCAGGUUACUGAUCUCUUCUUGGACAUGCUCACAGAGGAAAAUGAGAACUUUGUGGAGUUUGGGAUAGGGGGUCUAUGUAACCUUAGUAUGGAUCGGGAAUGCCGUGACCAGAUCCUGCAGAGCGAAGCAAUCCCCUUGGUUACGGGAUGCCUGUCCAGCCGGCGGGAGGAGACGGUGCUAUCUGCCAUCACCACGCUCAUGAAUCUCACCACCGCUGCAUCACGCUCCCAAACCACCGACACCGCAGUGCUACAGUGCAUGCUGCGCUUCUCCAUCUCCCAGAGCCCACGCCUGCGUAACCUGGCCUCUGUGUUCCUCCAGGACUGCUGCACUGAGGAGCAGGUGGCCAGGGCAGAGGCACAGAUGCAGGGACACCAUCCUACAGCACUGGGGAUCCCCCUGCCUAAGGACUAGGCUAGUCUGGAGACAUGAUCGCUAGAUCUGAUGUCUGAUCUCUGAGAAAUUAACAGGGAAUCACAUACACUGAGUGUACAAAACAUUAAGAACACCUGCUCUUUCCAUGGCAUGGACUGACCAGAUGAAAGCUAU